AUGACCCAAGCCAAGUUUGAAUUUGCGGCUAUGCCCGAUGCGGAGGGCAUGUUUGGCCCCUACGGCGGCCAGCUUGUCCCUCCCCAUCUCAAAAAGGCCAUGGACGACAUCAGCGAGGCUUAUGACAAGAUUUCCAAGACCGAAGAGUUCCAGAAGGAGCUCGCCGACCUCAAUGCCACCUACGUUGGCCGCCCUUCGCCCAUCUUCCACGCCAAGCGUCUCAGCGAGCAGCUCGGCGGCGCCCAGAUCUACCUCAAGCGCGAGGACCUCAACCACACGGGCGCGCACAAGAUCAACCACUGCCUUGGUGAGGCUCUCCUGGCCAAGUUCAUGAACAAGAAGAAGGUGAUCGCCGAGACUGGUGCGGGCCAGCACGGUGUUGCCCUUGCGACUGCCUGUGCUCUUGUGGGUAUCCCCUGCGAGAUCCACAUGGGAGCUGUGGAUAUUGAGAAGGAGCACCCGAACGUCACCAAGAUGAAGAUUCUGGGCUGCAAGCUCGUGUCAGUCACUGCUGGCCAGGCGACCCUCAAGGAGGCCGUCGACAGCGCCUUUGAGGAGUACCUCAAGGACCCCACCGAGUACAUCUACGCUAUCGGCAGUGUCGUCGGCCCCCACCCCUUCCCUGCCAUGGUUCGCGACUUCCAGGCCAUCGUGGGUCGCGAGGCGCGCGAGCAGUUCCUUGCCUCCAACGGCAAGCUGCCCGACCACAUCGUUGCCUGCGUCGGUGGUGGCUCCAACGCCAUGGGCAUGUUCACCGCCUUCCUCCAGGACGAUGUGCACCUCAUCGGCGUCGAGCCAGCUGGCAAGGACAUUGAGACCCUCGGUCAACACGCGGCCACGCUCACCAAGGGCAAGCCCGGCGCGAUCCACGGCAUGAAGUGCUACGUGCUCGAGGACGCCGAGGGCAACCCUGCGGCCGUCCACUCGAUUGCGUCUGGCCUCGACUACCCUGGUGUCGCGCCCCAGCACAGUUACCUGAAGGACCUGGGCCGCGUCGACUACCAGUCAGCCACCGACAAGCAGACGCUCGACGCGUUCAUGACGCUGUCGCGUGUGGAGGGUAUUAUCCCCGCCCUCGAGUCUGCCCAUGCCGUUGCCUGGGCCAUCAAGACUGCCCCUACCCUCGGCAAGGACGAGACCAUUCUCAUCAACCUCUCGGGCCGUGGUGACAAGGACGUCGACUACGUGGCCAACCUCCUCGGUAUCUAA